UGGAGGAAGAGGAGGAAGAGGUACAAGAGGUAGACGACGACGACGGUACAUACGUAAAAAUAUAUAUAUGUACAUAUAAAAUUUAUUGAAGAGGAAGGGAAUUGAAACACGAGUCAAAUUCUUGAAUCACUGGUAACCAGUGUUACAAAAGUGUCCGGUUCGUUGUACCUCUACAAAUAUAUUAAUUUUUUUUUUAUUAAUUAAUAAUUAUUAUUAUCAUUAAUCUAUCUUGAAAUAUAUUUUGCAAUUUUAUAAUUUAAAAAAUAAAAUUCACACUAUUAAUUAUAGUUUGAUGAAAAAAAUAAAAAAGUAAAGGAAAAAAAUGAAAAAAUUAAGAAUAUGGCAAUCGAUCAGCUCAAAGACAUCUGGAUAACUGGCAAUCAAAUUCCAAUAGUGAUUAAUAUCAUUAAUGAUAAUAUAAACGUGGAUAAAUUAUCAUUAUUAUUUUUUACAUGAAAAAUAAAAAAAAAAAAAGAUAUAAAAAUUCAUGAAGAUUAUAACACGUGUUUUGUGGGAUGUUUUAUCAAGUGUUAUCAAAUUAAAAAAAUAAUAAUAAUUUAAUUAAACACAACUUUGACAAUUUUUUUUUUUGGAAUUACCAAGUGAUUUUAAAUUAUUAUUAUUCUUUUUUAAUUUAAACUAUUUUUUUUUUCUUUUUUUAGUUAUGAUAAUUAUGUGUUUUCUCUUUUCGCUGUUGAGAUUUUAUUUGUGUAUCUUUUUUAUUUUAUUUCAGUCGUUUUAAUCUACUAGUUUUUUUUUUUUUUUUAUUUUUUUUUUAUUCGUUAACGAUAAAGAACAGGUCGAUUUUAUCACUGUGUAUGAGCGGGUCAAACAGUGUCUUGUAGUUUUAUUCUGUUUCUUUUGGACUAUGUGUCUAUAAAGUGUGUGAUAACAAAUUUUUUUUUUAUUUUUUAUUUAUUAAUACACAACGACGGUCAGUCGUCAGUUGGCCUCGCUAUUAUUCUGACUGGUCUCACACGACUGAUUAUUAUUUUUUAUUUUAUUAUUUUAUUACAUUUAGUAUCUUUAAUAAAUUAUUUAUUAAAAUAAAAAAAUAUCAAGGAAAAAUAUAAGAAGCAAAAAAUUAUUAUUUUACAUAUAUAUAAAGUGUGAAAAUAUUGGAAAAUUAUUAUUCAAGUUUUUCAGCUGAGAGUGAUUAAUAUAAGUUACUUGAUAAAAUAACAAUAAAUAAUUUGAUAUACCAAAGUGAUAAAUCAAUUUAAUAUUUUAUUUAUCAAAUCAACAUGGAUAUUAUUAAAUAAUUUUUAUUUAUACUACUAAAAGUAACAACAAUUUUAUUAGAAAAAAAAAAAUAAUUUAAAUAGUAAAUUUAUCAAAGAGACUUUUAUUAUAAAAAGCUGCUAAAAAUAUGGAUAAUUCAGAGCUUAAAAUAUCAAAUGAUCAAGCGACAGCUGGAACAUUGUUGUUAACAAAAAUUGUUGCAAUGAUUGUACUUGGUAUUGGUUCAUUGAUACUUGGAAUUUUACCACUUGUUGUUGGACGUUGUCAAACAAAAAAAAAACAAAUGUCGGAAUUAUCAUCUACAUCAAGUACAACAACUAACAAUUCAUCAACAACAAUCAACAAAUCAACACAAGGCUUAUUGACAUCUCUACUUCUGUGUUUUGGAGGUGGUGUAUUACUCUUUACGACAUUUCUUCAUCUAGCACCAGAAGUACGUGAAAGUGUUGAACGUCAUCAAAAUAAUGGUCAAUUAUUUAAACUUGGAAAAUUAAGUAUGGCUGAAUUAUUAUUUUGCAUUGGUUUUUUUAUUGUUUAUUUUAUUGAAGAAAUAGUACAUGCAACAAUAACAGAUAAAAUUGAAAAAAAUGAAGAUUUACUUUAUCGUACAGUAUCAGUAAGAAGAUGUAAUAAUAAACUUGCAUCAUUAACAAAUACAAAAAUGACAAAUAAUAAAACAACACCAUCACCAUCAACAUCAUCAUCAACAUGGAAAAUUGAUAAAUUUAAUAAUGAUGAUGAUAGCAAUGAACAUAAAAUUAUAACACAAGAUCCAACAACAAUUAAUCAAAAUGAUUUAAUAAAAAAAAAUAAUAGCUUAACAGCUGUAUUUGUAAGACCAUUACCACCAAUGGAACCAGCAAAAAAUAAUGGUCUUGAGGAUGAUCGUUUUGUAACACCAGAAAAUUUACACUCAAAUCAUCAUCAUCAUCAUCUUCAUCAUCAUCAUCAUCAUGAAAAUCAUAGUCAUAUACCAACUCAUGCUGAUACAUCAGCAAGAGGUUUGUUAACUGUUAUUGCACUUAGUUUUCAUGCAAUAUUUGAGGGUCUUGCUGUUGGUCUCGAGCCAUUAAUUGGAUCAGUAAUAUAUCUUGCAUUAGCAAUUGCAACUCAUAAAUUUGUCAUUGCAUUUUGUGUUGGUAUGGAAUUAUAUGCAACUGGUGUAUCAACUAAAACAGUCAUGGGAUAUUUAACUGUAUUUUCAUUGGUAACACCAAUUGGUAUUAUGGCUGGUUUAAUACUUGGUUAUUUAAAAAAUGAUAGUGAUAAUUUAGGACCUACACCAACAAUACUUCAAGGUAUUGCAACUGGUACACUUUUAUAUGUUGUUUUUUUUGAAGUACUUGCUAGAGAAAAAGCUAAUAAUAAAAGUGGAUUACUUCAAUUAAUUGCAAUAAUCGUUGGAUUUUGUGUCAUGCUUGGUCUCCAAUUAGUCACUGCACAUUCACAUUCACAUGGUGAACCAGAAGAUAGUGCCGAGACCAAUUCAUCAAGCAAUCAUGUAUUUUAAGAUUGAACAAAAUUGACAUGAAAAAUUUCAUACUAUUAUAAUUAAGUAAUUGAUGAUUUAAUAUUUUUUAAUUUAUAGUUUUAGAUAAUAGGCAGAAAAAAUUCGGUAUUCAGAUAAAAACAAAUGUGUCAAUUUAUAACAGAAUUUUUUCUUUGUUAAUAACAAAAAUUUGUUGAUAGAUUUGAGGGGUAAUAGAUCUGUUGAUAGCGUUGACAAACAACAAGAAAAAAAAUUCAAAUUAAUUCAAAAUUAUAUUAAAUUCAAUUGAAGAUACUGGACUAUAUUUUUAAAAAUAAUAACAAAUUAUUGAGCCUAUCUGUUGUCUAUUUUAUUGACAACUUUUAAUGGUUAAUAAUAAAAAUUUAAUAAUUAUAAUGACACGGUAAUUUAAGCUCUUGGAAUUAUAAUAAAAUAGCUUCUGUAAAUUGACCUCAUUACCUCAACAAAUAAUUAAAAACUUAAAAGAAAAAAAUGAUGAUGAUGAUACAAGUGGAUAAGUAUCGUAAAAAAAAAUUAUAUUUAAAAAUUAAAUUCAGUUUGGAAGAGAUCGAGUUAGAAAAAAAAAAAAUAAAAAAAUCAAAUUGGCAUUCCUUUAGUAAAUGGUGCACAAUGAGAAGCUUGAAAGGUUUAUUAUCCAAGUAGAUUUAAAAUAAUUGACAUUAUCCGGGUUUUGAUGUUGCAACUUUUAAAUUUAGGCAAAAUACAUUUAUAUAUAUGAAUACUGCAAUUUUCAAAUUAUUAGAAAUAUAUUUUUUAACUUAUGAUUAUUAUUUAAGUACAAUUACUUAAAUAUAUAUCAUUUAACAGAAAAAAAAUUAUAUAUUUAUCUAUUCAUAUAUACGAGAAGAAGAAGAAAAAAAAAAACAGUUUUUGCCUUGCCACUCAUGACACUUGUCAUGUUAAAUACUAGACUGAAGAAUUUAAUUUAUAAUUAACUGGAAAAAUCAUGAUAAAAAAAAAAUGCUGUUUGUUAAAGCCUAUUGAUAAUAAUUAAAAAUAAAAAAAAUAUAUUAUUUUAAGUUUAUUUUAAGAAAAUAAUUUGUAAAAGAAAAAAGAAUAUUUUAAUAAUUUUUUUAACGAAUAAUAUUUUUAUAUUAUCGAUAGUAUUGUUAUAUAUUUUUUUUUUUUUCGCGUUUUCAAGAUGUGACAUGCAGGGUACUGAUUGUUGGAUUGGAGUUUUGUAUUAUUAUUCAAACCCCAAAAACGUUUGUUUAUAUAUUUAUUAUAAAAUAAUCGUCGAAUAAUUUAACCAUUGUUGAUUUUUUAUUUUUUAAAUCAAUAAAACCAUUGAGUUAUUUAUGGAAAAAAUAAAAAACAUUGAAAUAAAUAUUAAUUGUUUUUAUUAACGAUGAAAAAA